UGCUUGUCUCGUUGGCAGAUUUUCACUUUUCAUGAUUUUGUGCAGUAAAAAGUGAUCAAAAUCAUGUAUCACAUUCCAUGAACUUCUAAUCAGACACAAAAUACAUAAAGAAUAUCAUGAAACUAUCCCCAAAAACAUUAACUGGCAUUCUAAAUGUUCAGAAUAAAGAUGCUUGUGACUGGGGUUGGCAGGGCAUGCUGGCGUAUGGAUGUCAAAAUCUGGUCACUGUCAUCGAAAUUAAAACUGUCCAGGUUAUCCAGACUCUUGAGAGACACAAGUCACAAGUUGUCAGGGUGAAAUGGGCCAGAGAGAACUAUCACCAUGAUUUGAUGAGCCCUUACACUCUUCGGUUAGCUUCAGCCGACGCUGGUGGAAAGAUAGUUGUCUGGGAUGUAGCGCAAGCUGGUGUCAAAUCUGAGUUCUCUGAGGGGCAGAAACCAGUUUCAGAUUUGGAAUGGUUGAGCACCCAGGAUGCCUCCCAUGACUUGCUAGCCGCACUCCACCCACCUGCGACCUUAGUGCUGUGGAAUGCAGACACUGGUACCAAACUCUGGAAGAAGCCUUACUCAGACACUCUUCUAUCCUUCUCGUUUGAUCCGUUUGAUCCUUCACAUGUCGCUUUUCUUGGUCAAGACUGCAUUGUGUUUGUUGAGGAUUUCACAGCGUCCAAACUUCCGUCAAGUCAGGGGAAGAAGUUUUACAUUUCAAGCCCUGGCAACGGUAACCAAGGGUCCGGUUCGUCUGCCAGCAACCUUGACAAAAAGUCGAAGAAUACACUGAAGAGGAUGACGAGCAUGUUGGUGGGAGAGCAGGGCAAACAAAGGUCCCAGGAUGAAGAAUCGAUUGCCCUGAAUGAAUGUAUUCAGCUGGCGUUCCAUCAGUCAUGUCGCCACCAUAUCUUGUUGGUUUACUCACGAGAGGUUCUCAUCCUUGACCUUGAGAUCAACCAGACAGUCGGCAUCAUCUCGCUGGACAGGACAGGCUCGCCAUUCAGUAGGGUGUUACCAUGUCGACAGAGAGAUGUCAUAAUGGCGCUGCAUGAAAAUGGUGGAAUAUCUGUUAGAAUACGGAGGAGAGGUACCACCAGUCAGUCACCAGAUAGAGCCACUGGGUCAGUUUCAGACGAGCCAAACCAAACCCCGAUGGAUGUGGUAUAUGACCUGCGAGCGCAGUCAGAUCCAUUGCGUGUGACCAAAAACAACCGUGUCUUUGCCGUAGCUUGCUGUCCAAUUACUGAGAAGACUGUCGCCCUGGUAAUGAGUGACAGUAAGGUGUUGUUCUGGGAUCUGAAGACAGUCGAUGUGAAUCAUGGUGGUCAGCAGUCCCAUUCCUCCACCAUGCCAGCCCUUUCUCCCCUCUACACUCCCGGCUACAGCAUCCAAGAGCAGUUCGCUUUUCCCGGGACGAGGAUGACACUUCAAGCUACUAGUAACAAACCAUUCCCCAAGUCAGCGCUUUGCGAUCUUUUUGGCCAGUCGGAGACGAUUGUUCUGGAAGGCCAGCCCAGUGCACAGAAGCACGGUAUCUUUCUGAAGUUCGUUCUGACCGGGAUGUUGAAUGGUGUAGCUGCCCCACCGCAUGUUCUGAGGAUGUGUCCACCACUCACGACAAAGAAUUGGAACAUCUACCAGCCACUACUAGCAGUUGGGACCACCAGUGGCAUAAUUCAAGUCUUCAACCUUUCCAGUGGUCAGUUAUGGAGAGAGUACAGCAUUCAUACUUGCCAAGUCAGGGGAAUAGAAUGGGUGAGCCUGAGCAGUUUCCUAUCCUUUGCCUAUCCCAAUGCUGGCUCAAGUGGCCUCGUGAAAAAUGAAUUGGUCCAAGUGGACAUGCAUACAGGCAAAAUCACCCAGUUCCGCACAAACAGAGAUGAGGAGUCUCCUAUGGAGAUGAUCAAGAUCUCACACCUAAAGCAAUAUUUUGUGAUUGUGUUCAAAGACAAACCAUUUGAGCUCUGGGACCUCAACACUGGCCUGCUACUCAGAGAAAUGCCCAAGAACUUUCCGCAUAUCACUGCUCUGGAAUGGUCUCCAGCCCAUAAUCUAAAAUCUCUGCGGAAGAAGAUGAUGAAUCAAGAACAGAGUCUAGGCAGCAGCACCAGCAUGCAGGACCUAUCGACGUCUGCCUCCACAGGAAGUUUGGAUCCAAUUGGAAGGAGUGACACAAAGUCUACGGGCAGCGGAGUAUGCGCCAGAGAACACUUCGUCUUCACAGACUCUGACGGCUUGCUGUAUCACUUUAUCGUCGAGGGAAACAUGAUCAAAGAUGGAUCUAAAGUACCACCAGACGGUGGCAUGGGGAGUAUUACGUGCAUUGCUUGGAAGGGAGAACUCAUGGUGCUAGGGGACGUCGACGGUAAUCUCAACAUAUGGGAUCUCAAGUCACGCGUAUCGAGGGCUGUACCUACUCAUCGCGGCUGGAUCAGAAAGGUGAAAUUUGCUCCAGGCCGAGGCAACCAGAAACUCCUUGUCCUCUAUAAUGACGGGAUCGGCAUAUGGGAUGCCAAAGAUCUGGAGUUAGUGAGUUCCAUCAAAAGUCCAAAAGAAGUUGCUCGUAUUCAUGACGCUGACUGGGCCGCGUCUGACAAGCCUGUGUUCUCCUCAGCUGAUGGCUGUAUCAGAGUGAUUGAUAUCAAGUUGAAGGUUGCAUCAUCUCCACAUGAGGAAUACACUAUUCCAGAUCCUAUCUUCAGCCCGCACCUCAUGACACCAAAGGUUGCUAUGACCAUCAAGUGUUUGAUCCAGCAUCAACCGUGGAACAAAGAGUUCACGAUGCAUCUCAAUGAUCUGGGCGAGGACUAUCUCGAAAUCCAAAAAGCUGUCAAUCAGGAGCUUGAGAUCAUGGAUAAUAACCUCAAGUCAUACCUGCCAUGUUGCCAGUUUGGUACAGCCCAGCGAUGUCUCCUGGCAGCUAGGCUGUUUGGGGAUGAAUCAGAGCUAGAAUUCUGGGAGAUAGCGCUGCACUAUCUGAGAUCAGAGAAAACUGGACCCAUGAGUAAGUCACCUAGCCGAUCCAGCAUCCAUAGUGCCAUGUCAAGGACCGACUCCACCGACCUCUUCAUUCCCCCAACACCCCAAACAAGGGAUGUGAACGACCUGGUUACAUUUGACGACAACAAAAGUGCAGACAGUGACGCGUCUUCGGAAUGGAAAUGGGUGAAGGAUAAACCGUUGGAAACUUGCCAUGAUCUGUUAUGUGACAGUGCUAGCUUCCAGAAAUAUCAACUUGACCGUAUAGCUCUUCAUGAGAGUAAACGUGCCACCUAUGAACACACAAAGAAGUGUGCCGAGUCUCUGAUGCUUCUUGGUCAGACAGACCGAGCCGUGCAACUUCUGUUAGAGACUGAAGCAGAUAACGAUAACUAUUAUGUGGACUGUCUGAGGGCAUGCCUGGUGGCCAGCAUCCGGUCAUCAGGAGCAUCACAAAGUACCAUAAAGUUAGUCGCCACCAACCUGAUAGCCAGCGGCAAGUUGUCUGAAGGUGUCCAGCUCCUAUGUUUGAUCGACAAGGGCCUGGAUGCCUGCCGGUACUUGCAGACGUAUGGAGCAUGGAAUCAAGCAGCAUGGCUGGCCAAGGCGACUCUAAACUAUCACGAGUGUGCGGAGGUGAUGAGGAGAUGGGUGGAUCAUCUCUGCUCUACUAGCGUCAACCAGAAGGGUAAAGCCAUCCUAGUCCUACUCUCACUGGGUCAGUUCUAUAAGAUUGUGGAGAUGUUGUAUGGUAUGCGACACUUUGACCGAGCAACCCUGUUCGUCGAGGCCUGUAUGGAGUUCGGCCUCCUGGAGAAGAAUGAGACGACCACUCCACUUGUAGAAGCAGUCUUCUUGGAAUACGCACGAUUCAUGAUUAACAUGGGCAACAGGAUUGCUGCCAAACACUACUGCAAACUCGCUGGAGAAAAUGGGCAACAGCUAGAGAAAGAAGUGGACAUUCUCUUCCCGUGAAGUCAAUUAUAAACUUUUGAUGGAUUUAAAUUAUACAUAGUGAAUGUUUUACAUGUAUCAUUGUUGUCUUCAUUGUGUCUGUCUAAGAAGUUUAUUGGGUAAUGCAAAUACUGAAUAACCACUUAAAUAGUCUAUCAUUCAAAAUCUUCUUGCAGUCCUUGACAAAAUCUGGAGUUCAAAAAUACUUCAUUGACUCGAAUGAGUAGUGGUUGCAGAACUAUUUUGAUUAUCCAGUAUUUUGGUUGUCUGUGGUUCUCUCAAGAUCUUUAAUACAAUGUAGUUGUAAAUAUGAGUCAGUAUUUAAAGAAAAGGGUUGGUAAUGGCUCCAGGGGGGUAGUGGCGAUUUCGUAUAUUUUUGUUGCCAAUGAAGCAUUAUUAUGACGGUGCUGUGAAUGUUAUUGGUGUCUCGUCUCUGAUCAGUGUUGAUAUGGUCCUACAUGAAUAAGCUAUAAGGUCAGUACAUUUAUAUCAUCUUCAGUCUGGCACACCCGGCCAGCUGUCCAUUUGAAUAAGUGAUUUACUUCAUUAGUUCAGUACUUAACAUUGAUCAAUGAGAGAAGGAAUAGAUGAACAUGUAUAUUGAAAAUAAUAAAGAACAGUGACAAUGUAGGCCCUUACACUAUUGGUGCCAGCAAUGGCUACGCGGAGGGAAUACCUCUGGAUAGUCCAUAAGAAGGUUACUCUUCUCAUGACUGUAAGAGUUCAAUCUGGCCAUUCUCCAUGCAGGUAUUGGAACCAAAAUUGACUUCCACCUGAUAUAUUCCAUGUACAAUGUACUGUGCAGUUAGAAUUAUGAUGUCAGAAAUCAGAAUGUCAAUAAAUGACAGUGAAAUAAGUUACGACUUCAUGUUCUUCAUUGAUUGUCCUCUAAUUUAUAAGCCCCCCUUUAGGAGGGGCUCUUAAGAUACACGUGUGUGCGGGAGUAGAUAAUGUAAAUGAAUGAUGAGAAAUAAAGAGAGAUUGUAUAUCCUACAAACAAUUUUUUUUGGUAUUUUUCUGAAUUAACUCCGUUGAGUUUACCGAUUUCUCCGCGAUCUUCCGGUGGUGGUUGCUAUCCCAUUGGUUGAAAUUAAUUUAAAUCUUCAUGGGAAUUCGCUACAUCAUAUGCCU